UAGCUGGGGUGGAGCUCAUGCUUUAAGGAUCUUUACCUUUUUCUUUUGAUUUUCUUGCCAUUUGUGAUGUUUCUUCAAACAUGAAGCAAGUAUUUGUUCUGCUGUCAGUAUUGUUGGUCAUCGUGUCUUCUUGUCCUGACGGGGAGUUCAACUGCACAUCUGGAGAAUGUCUCCCUGCCGGACUCGUCUGUGAUUUUAAGGAGGACUGUAAAGAUGGCUCAGACGAGGAGUUUUGUGGGUCAUGUGUCUUUGAGCAUCACUCCUGUGGUUGGAAAGACAUGAGUGGGAACUCCUACCGCUGGAGUCGGCAGAUGGCAAACAUCACCUCAAUACCUGGACUGGACCAUACCACAGGAAGCCCGUUUGGACAUGUCAUGCAUAUAGAUGGCAAACAAGACAGUUUUUUUUCUUUGGCCAAUUUGGAGUAUUCUGUUGACAACCUGGCAGCUCUGGGAUGCCAGAUGAGCUUCUGGUACCAUAUUUACAAUAUGUCAUCAUCACCAUCAGCACCGUCCCUUAUGGUAACAAUGCUCGGAGGCAGCACUGAGAAACAGCUGCUGAAGCUUUCUAAAAUGCAGACAGACGGUUGGGAGAAUGCCACAGUUUUCAUUGGAAAUCAGCCGGGAGGAUACAAGCUGCAGUUUUCAUUCAGACCUCCAUAUAUGGUAGCCUUUGACGUUAUGUUGGAUGAUGUCAGCUUUGACAACUGUGGAGAAGGAGAUGUCCCCGCAGGAUCAGACCAACUCUCAUGUGAUUUUGAGAAGGACACCUGUUCAUGGUACCACGACUACACUGCCAGCCUUUUGUGGGAAAGGAGUAAUAAGAUAUUCAGUGAAGACUCAACUGCAAAGGGCUACUACAUGAUCAUAACUAGUAAAGACAACCUGAAUAUCUCAUCAGCAGCCAGACUCAUCAGCUUCCCUCAACCUGCAGGUCAAGUCAUAUGUGUGAGCUUCUUGUACCACAUAUUUGGCAACAGCAUUGGUUCAUUGGGGUUUAUUGCAAAGCGUUCUGGUGAAGCGGAGACGGUUGUAUGGAUGAGAAGUGGCACCCAGGGAAACAAAUGGAGAUUUGCAGAUCUUACCUUUAAAAGUGAAAAACCGAUACAGUUCAUUAUAGAAGCUGUGGUGGGUGGUACGCAGGGCAGCAUAGCCAUUGAUAACAUAAUGGUGUCCAGCAGUGAGGCGGGCUCUUGUCCGGCUGAGAGAGAGUGCACCUUCCAGGGCUCCCUCUGUGGUCUGCUGGCCCAACCAUCGGCAGACUUCAGCUGGAGCCGGAUCACGGGGACGUCCCGACCAGCCAACUCUUCAGGCCCAGCCACAGAUCACACUCUGGGGACAGAGAAAGGUUAUUACCUGAGUGCCCAGUUGUGGAGUCACCCUGUGGGGUCCAGAGGCACAGUGAUGACUGCGGUGAUGGAGCCCACUCCUGCUGAUGGGGAAUGCCUAAUGUUCUGGUACUACAUGGAGGGAAGUGAAGUGGGGGAACUCAGUGUUUCCCUUCAAACCCUUGACAACAGUGUCCCACUCUUGACCAGAAGUGAAGAUCAGGGGACGCACUGGAGGCACGGAAGAGUGACUCUGUUCAGUCCCAAUGCCCCGUAUCAGGUGAUCUUUGAGGCGGUGGUUGGGGAUGGACUGAGGAGAGAUAUCGCCAUUGACGACCUCACUGUCCUGAAUGGUGCCUGUCCCCCGCCAGGAUUUUGUGACUUUGAAAUGGACUUCUGUGGUUGGGUGAACAAUCCUCCAGCAGAGUCCGGUGUGGACUGGGACUGGAUGUCAGGGGACAGCAGUCAGUUUAUUCCAGAAAAUGACCAUUCCACAAAUUCUGCUUUGGGCCACUUUGCAUUCUUCAAGUCUAAUGGAGAAGAUGUUGCGCGACUGGAGAGUGAGACCAUGGAGGCAGUAGACCGAGCUUGCCUGGAGAUCUGGCACCACACUGAUGGUUGGCUAUAUGAUAAGCCCUCAUUCAUUACACUGACAGUGUUUGUGAACGAGACUACUGGACUGCGUCCUGUUUGGACUACAAAUGGAUUUAUGAAUUCCACGUGGAUCCAGGGCAGGGUGGACUACAAUUCAUCAGGGCCUCACCAGAUAAUAUUUGAAGCCAGCUGUCUCAAAUUAAUGGAUGGAAGCUUUGCGCUGGACGACAUCCACAUCAUCAGGGGCAGGUUUUGUGAUGACAUUAUCCCGACCACCACUCCAAACCCUUCCACCACGACCCCCACUGCUCCUGCCUCGAACAUGGACUGCACUUUUGAACAAGGUCUCUGCAGUUGGGUCCAGGAGGUCAGUGAUGAUUUGAACUGGACUCUUAGUAGUGGACUUCAAGUGGACCAGCCAUGGGAUGGACCUCAGUAUGAUCAUAAUGUUGGAAACAAUCAAGGUUUUUUCUUACUGUUGAAUGGAUCUGGGUCUAAGGAUGGGGAGAGAGCAGCCGUCUCUGUUCCGGUCAUCAAUCUGCCAUCACAUAUCUGUGUUGGAUUCUGGUACUACAUGCUCGGGCCUUCAGUGUCCACCCUGGACCUGCUGGUUGAGACGAAAUCCUCUGAGCUGUUAGUCUGGACUCGCCGGGGGACCCAGAAUCCAGAGUGGAUUAACGCACAAGUAUCCGUCAACAUGAACAAUACCAUACGGGUGACGUUCACUGGCCAUAGAAACACCAACAGUCAAGGAUUCAUUGCCAUUGAUGACAUUCGAGUGAAGGAGGGGGCCUGCAGUAAUCAGUAUGCGUGUGGGUUCGAUUCCAGCUGGUGUGGCUUUGACAACGCUGUCAAUCACAAGGGCCGCUGGGGUCGCAAAAGAGGCACAAAAUAUCAGGUGGAUCACACCUAUGGAACGGAAAAUGGUUUCUACAUUACUGUAAUGACAUCAAAUUCUACACAGAUUGAAGUAGCUGAGCUGCUAACACCAGAGUUCACCUCAGCUACAGAGAUAUGUGUGCGCUUCUGGUAUUGGAUACCUUCAGGGUCUUCUAACAUCCUCGGCGUGCAUGUGCUGCGGAGCGGGGAGGUUGGUGAUGCACUUUGGCAACGAUCUGGAGCGCCUUCCUCAAACUGGGAGUUGGCAGAGGUCACUGUGUCCUCCCCUGGAAACUUCCGUGUUGUGUUUAAGGCAGUCCAUGUGCCAGGCACCAACUCUACAGUGCAAUUAGAUGAUAUUUCUGUGAUGGAUGGGGCCUGCAGUCCUCCAGGCAGCUGUGACUUUGAGUCCGGACAGUGUACUUGGGUCAACGUCCCCAAAGAAGAUGGACAUGACUGGGUGCUGGCUAGUGGAGGCUUCCAGGGUCCACUGACAGACCACACAACCCAAUCCCCAGAGGGUUGGUUCUUGUUGAGCUCAUCAAUGCACGAGAACCACAGCAACGUAGCGCAGGUUUUGUCAGAAUGGAUCCAACUGAGAGACAUCCCCUCCUGUAUCACCUUAUGGUACCAUAUGGACGGCAGUGACUCUGGGACGUUGAAGGUAUACAUGCGUUCAGGGCCGUUGGAGGACGAUCUGGUGUUCAACAGCAACAGCAGUGGACGCCGCUGGACCAGGUUCUCUCAGUCUGUAGAGAAGAUCAAACCUUUCCAGCUGCUGAUCGAAGCAGAGACUAACAACGUAGGAUUUAUUGCCAUCGAUGACGUCAGUGUCACACCAGGCCCUUGUCAAGUAAAUGAAACAAAUUUGGGAUUUGUGGGUUGCUCAUUUGAAAAUGGAACAUGUGGCUGGGAGGACAUCAGUUCUGGCCAGUGUCGGUGGAUGAGAGGAAGGAAUGCCACCGGGAACGCUGGACCCUCUGUGGACAAUACAGUGAGCACUGAACUGGGUUGGUACAUGGCUAUAGAGCCUCAGCGAGGAGAUAAAGUGAGUCCUGCUGCUGUGCAGAGUCCCACCAUGAAACAGGCCAGCGCCACCUGCACACUACACUUCUACUACAACAUGAAUGGAGAGGACAUAAAGACGCUGAAUGUGCUGCUAAUUGAGGGCUCCAGGACCACUGCACUGUGGUGGCUAUCUGGUAACCAUGAAGAUUCGUGGCAUCACGGUGAGGUAACGGUUGGCCGAGUUCCUCAGGACUUCACGAUCCUGUUUGAAGCCUCCAGGACCUUCACCAGGCCUGGACAUGUUGCCAUUGAUGACAUCGGUUUCACCAACUGCACCCUGCCUGAGCCCCAACCCUUGUGUCCAGAGAAUAUGUUUGUGUGCAACAACAGUGUGUGUGUGGAGCACAACCAAGUGUGUGACUUCAGCGAUGACUGUGGGGACUGGUCUGACGAGAACGACUGUGAGCAACAAGGUGUUGUUGAGCGCUGCAGCUUUGAACAAGGCCUUUGCUUCUGGGAGGAAAGUGAGACAGCUGUAGCUGCGUGGACGCACCACAAAGGACAGGAAGCCUGGCCCAAACAUGGGCCUUCCAGGGAUCACACCCAAAACUCUGAUGCAGGUCACUAUGUCGUUCCUGGGAAUGUGGCUGGGAACGGCCAGACAUCAGAGACCCUCUCCAAAACUUUACUACCCAGCUCCAACUGCACUGUGAGAUUCUUCUACUUCAGCCUGGAUGAUGCUACAGCCGGACUGACAGCCUGGUCCAGGACGCUGCAGUCUGGGAGUGACGACGCUGUGUUAUGGCUCAGAGAAAACUCACACAGCUACAGCUGGCAGAGAGCAGAGGUCACGUUCUCCUCCUCAGUCAGUAGCAAGAUUGUCUUCAGAUAUGAGCCAGGUGAUGGUCUCAGAGGGCUGGUUGCGCUGGACGACAUCUCUUUCUCAAGGGAGUGUCUAUUUGACCCUGACAACAACAAACUGCCUGACCUAUCCUCCACCUCCGCCCCACCUGUAUCCUCUAACACUCCAGCCUCAACUGCACCAACCCUCCCCUGUCAGGAUAAUGAGUUUUUCUGUUGGCGAUCAGCUAGAGAAGUGUGUAUUCUGGAAACUCUACAGUGUGAUUAUCAUCCAGACUGCCCACAGGGGGAGGACGAGGAUGGUUGUGGCCGGUGCACAUUUGAGAGUGACCAGUGCCAAUGGACGGACACCAGUGAUGGACAGAGCAGGUGGCAGAGACAGAAAGCCAGUAAUGACACCGAGCCGCCCACUGAUCACACUACAGAGACAGGCUACUACAUGAGAGUGAAUUUCAGUCAGGGGUCCACACAGACUGAAGCCCGACUCCAGAGUCCCCCACUCCCCCCUUCAUCCGCCUACUGCCAGAUUCUGUUUCACUUCCACAUCACUGCAGAGACUUCUGGGUCACUCAGAGUGCUUAUGCAGCAAGCUGAGGGGAGUGAAGCAAUCCUGUGGUCACGCAGUCACAACACUCUCUCCCAUUGGCCCCCAGAGCAUCUGCCUGUAGGCCUGCACCAGCAGCCGUAUAAGGUUUGGUUCAGCGGCAUGAAUGAAGUGAUUCAGACGGACACGACUUCUGGAGAUGACAUUGUUGCCGUGGAUGAUAUCUCUUUUAUAAACUGUGAAAAAUCCUACCAACCACCUGCUCUGUCUGCCUGUGGCUGCUCCUUUGAAGUUGGUCUGUGUGUUUGGGUUCAGGGGGCUGAAGAUGAGCUGGACUGGCUCAGCAGGUCUGGUCCCACUGAAACCCCCAACACCGGGCCUGCAGGAGACCACACUACCGGCAAAGGGAAAUACAUUUACAUCAAAAGUUCCCGACCAAGUGUGAAGGGAAAUGUGGCCCAGCUGAAGUCUUUGAUGCUGCCACCUGCUGGCGAACAAGGAUACUGUUUCACAUUUUGGUACCACAUGUUCGGAUCUACUGCCGGCUCCUUGAGGAUGCUUCUACAAACAACUGAUCCCUUGACAAAAACAUUGGUGUGGCAAAAAUCAGGAAAUCAAGGAGAUGAGUGGCUGCUGGUGCAGAGCCACGUGAGCUUGCAGAAAGUCCACCAAGUGAUUCUGGAGGCUACAGUGGGGGGAGAAGCAGGAGACAUAGCCAUCGAUGACAUCUCCCUCAUCAGCGGACCAUGUCCUGCCUCUGAUUUGUGUGACUUCGAGGAGGGGAGCUGUAACUGGCAGCAGCAGACCACCGAUGACUUUGACUGGGUCAGACAGUCGGGCUCCACCCACAACCCCAACACUGGGCCGGACAGCGACCACACCACCAACACACUCACAGGCCAUUACUACUACCUGUCCUCCUCUUCUGCUGACAGUGCGGGACAGACAGCUAAAAUGUCCUCACCACUGUACCCUGCAAGCAAAGGAGCUUGUGUGCAGCUGUGGUACCACAUGUAUGGCAAAGGAAUGGGGCUGCUCAACGUUUACCAGCAGAGUGAAGAAGGGAAGCAAGCUCUGAUUUUCUCUCAGACAGGAGACCAGGGUCAGCUCUGGAAGUUCGCCCAGGCGUCUCUAAUGCCCCGGGUUCAGCCUUACAGGAUCGUGGUGGAAGGUGUGAAGGCUGGCCCCACCCAGGAGGGAGACAUGGCUUUUGAUGAUGUACAGCUGACGGACACUCAAUGUUCUUCUCCUGGACAUUGUGACUUUGAGAGCAACUCGUGUAGCUGGAGCAACCUGGGAGGAGGAGUCGACCAGGGGGACUGGCUCCGCGGUAGAGGAGCCUCCCCAAACCCCAACACCGGGCCCAGUGUUGACCACACCACCAACUCGACACACGGUUUCUAUCUAUAUGUGGACAGCUCAGUGGGCGAGUGGGGAGACAUGUCCUUCCUGAUCAGUGAAGUGUUCCAGCCAUCCACCAGAGGUCACUGUCUGACAUUCUGGUACCACAUGUAUGGCAACCACGUUGGGACUCUCAGAGUUCACAUAAAUGACAGAAAAACGCACACUGGUGACAACGAAGAAGGGAUUCUGAAGUGGAUUGAGACGGGAAACAAGGGAGACGAGUGGCUGGAGGCCAGUGUGACUGUUAAACAUAAAGAAGCAUUCUGGUUUGUGUUUGUGUAUCAGCGGGGUAUCAAUGCAGGUGGGGAUGUUGCUCUUGAUGAUAUCACUAUCCUCCCUGGCAGCUGCUACUCAAAGCCCCCCAUUGACCCGCCUGAGGAUAAUAAUGUCAUGUUGUCUGCAGGUCUGGCUGUUGGUCUGACUCUGCUGGCUGGAAUCAUCAUCUCCAUCUUCCUCUUUAUGCUGAACAGGACGUGUAGUACAAUAAAUCAGCCGACAAUUAUGAAUGACGACAAAAUUGAAGAGAACAAUGCGCUUGACCUCUUUGACCGCAAGAUAAAUGGCACCCAACAUGGAACUGAAUCAGAGUUUUCCUUCUUCAACAGUCUGUAUAAUCCAUCUCCACAUGUGACUGACGCCGCCACAGUAGCUUCAUCUGAUGCUUAGUCCAGAUUAACUUCAAUGAAACAAAUAACCCAUUUACCAAUUUGUAAAUUCUACCUGUGUUCUUGGAGAUAUUUGAUUCCCAUUCUGUUAUUGAGAAUAUUAAAUAUUGAUGUUAGUGGGGCAUUUUGCUGAGAAAAUAAUAGAUCAAAGGAUGUAAUGUCGGUUAUAUGAGAAAGUAUCAGUGACUCUUUAGUUUUAAUCAUGACAAGUGGAUUAAGAAAUACAUGAGCAGAUUUAUUGCUUACCUACAAACCCCUUGACUGAGGAUUAGCGAACACUGAACAUUUUAACAACGUUUUUUAGAAAAAAGAUUGAAACAUGUUGCAGCUUGUUUUAUGUUGUUGUUGAGUAUGCCUAAACUAUUUUGCAAAAAGCUUUUAGUCAUGUUGUUUUAAGAAACUGUACGUUGUAAAGACGGCUGUCUUUCUGUUCUGCUUUCUGAUUUGAAACAGUUUAUUAAUAAAUGUUUGUUCAUGAG